UUUAAAUUUUCAUCGACAUUGUUUUUGAACGUGAACAGAGCCGCCAUGGCUUUGAUUCUGCUGGCGAGUAUAUUGGCCAUCCAUGUAGGUAUCCAGGAUUCAAGCCUUACUGGCUCCGAUUUUGGUGCUUGGGACUAUUUGACCCUUCUGGGCCCUCCCAUAGACCAAUAAAAACUGAAGUUUUCAGGGGACUAACAGCAUCUGUUCGCCCACGAUUAUCAACUCCUUCACAGUGUUACGCUUUUUGCGAUGGCGGAUGGAGGUCCAAGGUAUACAGUUGAUGAAGCUCUUGUCACCGUGGGUUUUGGGAAAUUCCAAUUCCUUGUGCUACUCUAUGCUGGGAUGGGUUGGGUUUCGGAGGCGAUGGAGGUUAUGAUUCUCUCGUUUGUUGGACCAGCAGUUCAUUCGAAAUGGGGUCUUACUUCUCGCGAGGAAAGCCUCAUAACCACUGUGGUUUUUGCUGGCAUGCUGGUUGGAGCAUAUACAUGGGGCGUAAUCUCAGACAAAUAUGGAAGGAGGAAAGGAUUUUUUGUUACAGCAAUAAUGACAUCAGUCGCUGGUUUUCUUAGUGCCUUUGCCCCGAACUACAUCGCGUUGCUUAUUUCCCGUUGCUUGGUUGGCUUUGGGAUUGGGGGCGGUCCUGUGCUCUUAGCAUGGUUUCUAGAGUUUGUACCUGCACCAAACAGAGGCACUUGGAUGGUGGUUUUCUCAGCAUUCUGGACCGUCGGAACAAUUUUUGAGGGUGGUCUGGCCUGGAUUAUCAUGCCAAGAUUAGGUUGGAGGUGGCUACUUGCUCUGUCUGCUCUGCCCUCAUUCCUCCUCCUUGUAUUUUAUACUUUGACACCUGAGUCACCAAGGUAUUUAUGCUUGAAAGGUCGAAAAAAUGAAGCACUUGUUAUUUUGAAGAAAAUUGCCAAACUAAAUGGAAAAGAAUUGCCUCCUGGUGUUGUUGUUGCUGGUAACGAAAUUGAGCUGCAAGGAAAUAAUCAUCUACCCGUGAGUAAAGAUAAAAAUGUGUGUGCCGCACCUCCUCCUCCUCCUCCCAAGCAGAAGGAUUCUCGCAUGGGGGUCUUCAAAUCAGUGCUAAUGCUUUUCUCACCAAGAUUAGUUAGGUCAACCUUGCUUUUAUGGGUGGUAAUCUUUGCAAAUGCAUUUUCAUAUUAUGGCCUCGUGUUGCUGACCACGGAGUUGAACGAUAGGAGUAAUUCAUGCCAUCAAACUAAAAAGCAGUCACAAAAGCCUGCUAAUAUUAAUUACAAACAGGUUUUUAUCACAAGUUUUGCAGAGUUUCCGGGGCUCAUUCUGUCCGCACUCGUAAUUGAUAGACUUGGUCGUAAACUUUCAAUGGCGGCUAUGUUCUUUGUUUGUUGCAUCUUCCUGCUGCCAUUGGUAGUCCAUCAGUCUACAGGUGUAACAACAGCACUUCUGUUUGGAGCUCGAACAUGCAUCACUGGAACAUUCACGAUUGUUUAUAUAUAUGCUCCAGAGCUUUACCCGACCUUUAUGCGAACAACCGGCGUCGGGGUUGCAAGCUCAGUGUCAAGAAUCGGAGGAAUGGUUUGCCCUCUUGUGGCAGUCAGUUUGGUACAAGGAUGUCAUCAAACUGCAGCAGUUGUUUUCUUUGCGAGUAUAGUGUUUGUAGCAGGGAUCUGUGUAUUGCUCUUUCCAUUUGAAACUAAAGGCCUUGAUUUGGCUGAUAAUUUAUCUAGUACAAAACAGGAAAAACCCCAAGACUCUGAGACAGGAAGAGCUUUGAUCUGAGUAAUUCUACUAUAUUAGGCCGAAGUGUCCAUAAUGAAAUGGGUCACACCAUUGCUUGGUCUAUGAAGGGUUCUUUUUUCCUUUUCUUCUUCAGGGUUUGCAAUCUGCACUUUCUUUGUAUAUUAUACGAUCUGUUCACAAAUAAAUAACCAUUGGAGAAA